AAAAAAUUGUACAUUAACUAAAAUUCAUGAAAUAGGUGCCUAUAAACUUUGAAAACUAUCGUGAAUGUAAUGAUAAAAGAAAAUAAUUGAAAUAGCAUAACAAAUUUGACAAAGGCAUCAAUGAAAAUGAACUAUCCUAGUGUUUUGGAGUUUAGUUGAACAGUCUUGUUUGCUUCUCUCGAAGCUUUCAUGGCAGAGAUCUGCUGCAUCUGUAGGACCUUGUAGGUUGUAGCUUGGGGUUUUUUCCCUCAAAAGAUACGUGAUCUAAAUGCAAUUCUGAAUAGACUUCUUAAUUUUCCAAGCUUUUUGGUUCACCGGCUUCUGCAGUCUGAAACUUUGACAGAAGAACGAAGAAGCAUCAUUUUCUUUAAAGAAAGUCUUCAUGAAACUUCAAGUCAAUAAUGUUUUUUUCUCCAUCUUCAAAAGAAAGACUUUGAAAUUAGUUGAUAGUAAUUAAAUCACCACCUGGGCCACGCAUUAGGCACUAAUCUUCAACACAACUAAAAUUCAACCAUUGGAACCUUGACAAAUGUUUCCAACACCGUUGGAUACGUAUCGAAAUGGGAAGCAAAAGUUUUGAAUAUGUAGCGAAGAAAGGUUCAACCAAGAACCACACCUUCUUGUAUAUAUAUUCAUGACUAAUACCCUCUUCCAACGAACUUGUAUUUCUAAAAGAAAAAUACAUUGUUUGCACUUUUCGUGUUAGCCAUGGCACUAGAAAGCAAACUUCUACUUCUCUUUGCACUGCUUGUGUUCUCCUUCGAUCACACCGCGGCCUCGAAGAUGAAGUCCAAGGUCACACGAAUGCAGUUCUACAUGCAUGACAUUGUGGGUGGCCCGAAUCCAACCGCAGUCCGGGUUGCAGGCCGGUCCAACUUCACUGGCUCAAAUCCAAUGGCAGCUAUGUUUGGAUCCGUUUUUGUUAUGGAUAAUCCACUCACAGCCACACCAAACCCGAAUUCUACAGUGUUAGGGCGUGCACAAGGGAUAUAUGCCAUGUCCUCUCAAGAAAGUGAGUUUAGCCUUCUUAUGACACUAACAUAUGGGUUCAUUAGUGGACGUUACAAUGGCAGCUCUUUUAGUGUCCUUGGCCGGAAUCCGGUGAUGAGUGCGGUGAGGGAAAUGCCGAUCGUUGGUGGCACAGGAAUUUUUCGGCUUGCUCGUGGGUAUUGCUUGGCGAAGACUUACUCAAUGGAUCAAAUGGAUGCUAUAAUUGGAUACAAUGUAACCUUGCUGCAUUAUUGAGUUAGACUUAAAUUUAUGCUACAUUUUCAAUGUAUUAGUUUUUCUCUUUAACAAGGCUUUUUUUUUUUAGUUUAUUUGCCAAUUAGCCUUCUUUGUAAUAAAAGCGAUUAAUUUUCUA